CUGAAUAACUUCAAGGCCCAGCAGAAGCUGGACAUCCUAAAUUCUGUGAGUCUCAGUUCCUAAGCUGUAGUGGGUGAUCUUAAAUGCAAACGUAGUUAAAUACCCAGGUGCACACAGUGAAAUGAAUGACAAUAAAUAAUUAAAACGUGAAUUGUGAAGAGCAGUGGAGAGUGGGCAUGUCAUAUUGAAACUGAAGAUGAAGAAUUGGUUGAUCAUCCCUACAUUGUUUGUUUCAGGUGUUCUCCUACUUUCAUGCCCAGUACACCUUCUUCCACCAAGGCUUUGACUUGCUGAGAGACCUGGAGCACACUACGAAGUCCAUGGACGCACAGGUGAGACUACAGUGAAAGACGUGACCAUGUGAUUAUUAGUUGAGAUAAAGUCACUAAACUAGGGACAGGAGUUUUUACUGACCACACGACCUGACCAGGAAAAACUCUGUAGCUAAAAAUACCUGGUUUGACUGUAAAAAACAAAAUACAAAUAGCCUGAUCUGAGCCGGAAUGGCCCAUAGGCCAUAAUCUCCUGUUUCUAUAGCGUGAGGCAGCUUGAUGUACAAGUACAACCCCUGGACAGGAUGCUAGUCUAUAGCAAGGCCGUACCCCCAAUCCUUUUCGUCGGCUUCUGUAACAUAUAGCCAACAAGGUGUGAGCCAUUCAGCAGGGCUGUGCACAGAGCUUUGGGGGGGGGCACGUUCUCAACAACAACAAAAAAGGAUUAACUCUCCGUCCGGUGCCAGUAGCCACUGACUGCAUGCAGAAGUCAGACGUGCACGCUUUGAGCUAGAGGGUGUGGAGGGGGAUUUUUCUAAGAUUCAAGAGUUAAUGAAAUUAGCUAGUUUGAUGUGCAAUUUGUAAUAUUUAAAAUUAAAACAUUGAAAAGAGACUCAAAAUACAAUUAAAAAGUAAAUCAUAAAAUAAAAUAAAUCUGAGGACAAUCUUUCAGAGGAGGGCAAAAGGGCAGGUGCUCGGGCACUGGUUGAGCCCUAUCUGUGCACGUGCCUGCCACUCAGGGAGUAUAUAGUUCAGAAUGCGGCUGCCAAUAUCAAUGUUUACUUGUUCAUUGAGAUUAGAUUUUUGAUCAUAUGCCUUUUGACAGCUUGCCCAACUCUCGACUGAAUGUACAGCUAAAAGAAAGGACCUGGAGAAUACCCACCUACUGGUCCAGCAGAGAGUGAGUGUUAUCAUCAGAUGCCAGAUGGUCACAGUUGCUGAAGGAUUAUCACUUAACUAACACUGUGUGUUUUGUGUUUGUGUCCAGGAUGCCUCAGGGGAGCCCAUACUAAGUUCCUGUCCUGAUGGUGGGGAAACCAUACAGGGUUACCUCUUCAAAAUAUCUCGGAGAAAGAACAAGACAUGGAAGAGGUGAGCGAGAGAAACACAGAUUCUUUACUGUGAUACCUUACAACUUAUGUCACACAAUGGCAGUUAAUUACUGCCUUGUAUUCAACACGUCACUAAAUCUCAAAUCUUGCUUUGGAUGCUGGUUCUCCAUUAAAGACAACCAAUUGGUGUACACAAAGUCACAUAAGGUAGGACAGUUUAUGUAUGUAUUUAUUUGGUCUUUUGAUCAAUCAUUUAUUAUAGUUGUACUGCAGGAAUUUUAUUACUGAACAUUGUUGUGUCCUUCAAUAGUUGUGUAUUUGACAGUUUGUCUUCCUGAUAGGAGGAGCCUGGUCCUGUUUGAUGACCUCAGGCUGUGAAAAGUAUACCAGACGCUCAGUUUGAGUUUCUGUCAAACGUGUAAGCAGUGUAACCUACAUGUAUUUGUUGAUUUUCUCAAUUUCACAAGGUGUUAAAAUUCUGCCAUGACUUUAUCUGUGGAUUAAAACUAUGUCUUGAUAUCUCAGAAGUUGUAGCUUUGAAAUGGCAUAUGUUAACAGUGCAACAUCGCACGAUUUCGGAUACAGUGGAAGCAUAUUUACAUAUUUGCAUAGAUGCAUGAUAAAGCAGAGUCAAGUCCAGUUACCUCAUGACCAACCCUGUCUGUCUCCUCUGCCAGGUAUGCCUUAAGGUACUCAGAGGACGAGGGCUUGGAUCGGCCUUCAGGGGAGCAUAACAUGGCUACCGCAGAGAUGGAGUCCCAGCGCUCAGGUAUUACAUUCAACGGUUACGACAAUAACAAUUUUUCAUCUAGAUUUUUAUUUAAAAAAUAGUACAAAGAAAACAAAACAAGUCACAUUUAACUAAACAAAACAGCAUACAGCAAUACAGUAACGAUUGACCUAUUCAGGAAUCUCCAGGCAAAUACAUUCUAACUAUGCCUCUUUGUGUGCCCAGCCCAAAGAAAGCCCCCUGCCCCUACAGAGCCCCUCAGACCCACAGCCAGGACAGCCUCCUCCUCUGGUUGUGGCACUCCAAAGUCCGGGGAACCACCGCUGCUGCGACUGCAGUGAGGAGGAGCCGCGCUGGGGCCAGCGUCAACCUGGGUAUCACCAUGUGCAUCGAGUGCUCCGGCAUCCACAGGUACUGCCUAGCUAGUGUGUGGUGUUUAUAGUCCUGGGGGACUAACAGGACUACAGGGCAUGCAGGCUUUUGUUCCAGUCCAGCACUUUCACACCUAAUUUAACAGAUCAAGGUCUCACGAAGACCUUGAUUAGUCGAAUCAGGUGUGUUAGUGCUAGGCUGGAACAAUAGCCUGCAUGCCCUGUAGUCCUGUUAGUCCCCCAGGAGCUUCCCAAGACCGGGGUUACUGACCACCAUGUUUCUGUAAUGUUGUGUUUUUUUAACAGGAGCCUUGGGGUCCAUCUCUCCAAAGUGCGAUCUCUCACCCUAGACUCCUGGGAUCCCGAACAGAUGAAGGUACUGUAGCAGAAUUGUCACGUACGUUACCAAUUAAAGCUGAGUAAAAUAUUAGAAUUAUGAGUAGUAGCCCUGAGUUUUUCCUGACUGCAUUACCAGCUGGCUAUACCUAGGGCCCAGAGUUUUAAUGGUCAGAGUUCAUAGUCAGGAAAAACUCAUGGCCCCUAAGUAUGAGGUUUGUUUCUUAACUCUUCUGCUCUGUUCUACUCUGCAGCUGCUGUGUGGUCUGGGUAAUGAUGUCAUCAAUGGGAUAUACGAGUCCAGGUGUGCAGCAGAGGGCAGAGUAAAGCCUAGUGCUGGCAGCCCUCAGUAAACAUUUUGCAACAGAGGUUCUUUGGCAACACUAUCAAACCCCUUAUAUCCCGAGUGGCGCAGUGGUCUAAGACACUGCAUCUCAGUGCUUGAGGCGUCACUACAGACCCCCGGUUCGAUUCCAGGCUGUAUCACAACCGGCCGUGAUUGGAAGUCCCAUAGGGCGGCGCACAAUUGGCCCAGUGUCGUCCGGGUUUGGCCGGUGUAGGCCGUCAUUGUAAAUAACAAUUUGUUCUUAACUGACUUGCCUAGUUAAAUAAAGGUAAAAUAAAAUAAAAUAAAAAUAUUGGUCUCCCAUGUUCCGAUUGAAAGAGACUUACUCCAUCAAUUGAAAGGCAUUGAUUAUUAA